GCCGCUUGGUAGGGCGGUCAGUAUCUCCCAAAGAAAGUACAAAUAAAUGAGUGUCCGAUCUGCGAUGUUCAUUUUGUGAUCCUCAACCAACUAGAUCAUAUCAUAUUUCAGAGAUGAAUAUCCUUCCACUUUCCUUGGCAUUCUUCUUAUGCCUCGUAUGUUUCGCCGAUGCUGAAGCCCCAACCACAAAAAGUCCAACACCGAAGAAAACAAGAACAGCAGACAAGGAAACUUCCUACGUUCCCAAAGAACCAGUGAAUUCACCCACCAAUUUCGGUUUCGUACCAGUGAAAACCUCAGAAAACUACAUCCAGAAAGAGCCAUUAGGAAGGUACAUCUACCCUGAUCUCCUGAGACAAACUCAAGCAUACACGUCCAAAUAUUCAAACUAUGAGAAAUCUCAGCCCACUUAUCAGCAGCAACUGACGCAAUACACCCAGCAGCAACAACAACAAGCAUCGCCUUCAUACCACUUUGCUCAAACACAGGCAACCCAAUAUGUUUACCCUGAACAGUAUGUUCAGCAACCUCAAGACUUUUCCCAGACAUUCGACUACCAAUUCAGCUCACCACAAUUCUCUCAAUACUAUCAAGAACCAGCCACUAAGAAUGUGAAUUACGUUUCUGCCAAUUACAUCCCACAGUACCUUCAUCUUCAACAGUCCAGUAAUUCUAUUGAGAACGUCAUCAGUCCUAAAGAUCAGGGUGUGAGGUACAUCAUGUUCAUUCCAUCGUACGUCCCUCAGCAAUCUGCUGUUCAGAACUACUACGUGUCUCAGCAGACAGCACCUCAAGAAUACACAACAAUCAAUCAGCAGUCUCAGCAUACAGCACCUCAAGAAUACACAACAAUCCAUCAGCAGCCUCAGCAGACUGCAUCUCAAGCAUACACAACGAUCAAUCAGCAGCCUCAGCAAGUGCAGUAUGUGUAUAACACUGAACCUUCGGUAAAUUCUCAGAAGGAAUCCAGCUAUGAAAAGGAACCAUCCAGCUUGUUGGAUUCAUACGUACCUUCAGUUGUGCAACUUCAGUAUUAUAAGAAAUUACAAGCACAAAGCCAGGCUAAUCAGAUUGCUAACAAUGAGAAACAAACUUCUCACAGUUCAAAGAAAAGCAAUGGCAAAUAUGAGAGAUAAAUUGUUUUUCUUGAGACAGUUGGAAAUUCUAUUUUUGUGAUAAUAUGCAGAGAGGAGUUGCUUUUUGAACUUUCCUUUUAUCUUUGCAAUUGUUUUUAAUUAUUA